UCAGACCGCGCCAGUUUGAAUGAAAGCUUCACAAGAUGGCAGAGGCCGGGGCCAAGGCGCGCGAGGAGCUUGGUAUGUGCCUUGCCUAGUUUCACUUGAUACUCUUCAGGAAUUAUGUAGAAAAGAGAAGCUCACAUGUAAAUCGAUUGGAAUCACCAAAAGGAAUCUAAACAAUUAUGAGGUGGAAUACUUGUCUGACUACAAGGUAGUAAAGGAUAUUGUAAAAUGGAAAGGAUGGCCAGAUUCUACAAAUACUUGGGAACCUUUGCAAAAUCUUAAGUGCCCAUUACUGCUUCAGCAAUUUUCUAAAGACAAGCAUAAUUAUUUAUCUCAGGUAAAGAAUGGCAAAGCAAUAACUUCAAAAGACAAUAACAAAACUCUGAAACGUGCCAUUGCUGAGUGCAUUGUAAAGAAAGCUAAAUAAAGGAUAGCUCUGCAGAGAUGGCAAGACGAACUCAACAGAAGAAAGAAUCAUAAAGGAAUGCUAUUUGCUGAAAAUACUGUUGACUUAGAGGGCCCUCCUUCAGACUUCUACUACAUUAAUGAAUACAAACCAGCUCCUGGAAUCAGCUUAGUAAAUGAAGCUACCUUUGGUUGUUCUUGCACAGAUUGCUUCUUUGAGAAAUGUUGUCCUGCUGAAGCUGGAGUUCUUUUGGCUUAUAAUAAAAACCAACAAAUUAAAAUUCCACCUGGAACCCCCAUCUAUGAAUGUAACUCAAGGUGUCAAUGUGGACCUGAUUGUCCCAAUAGGAUUGUACAAAAAGGCACACAGUAUUCACUCUGCAUUUUUCGAACUAGCAAUGGCUGUGGCUGGGGUGUAAAAACCCUUGUGAAGAUUAAAAGAAUGAGUUUUGUCAUGGAAUAUGUUGGAAAGGUAAUUACAAGUGAAGAAGCUGAAAGAAGAGGGCAGUUAUAUGACAACAAAGGAAUCACAUAUCUCUUUGAUCUGGACCAUGAAUCUGAUGAAUUCACAGUGGAUGCAGCUCGAUAUGGAAAUGUGUCUCAUUUUGUGAAUCACAGUUGUGACCCAAAUCUUCAGGUGUUCAAUGUUUUCAUUGAUAACCUUGAUACUCGUCUUCCCCGGAUAGCAUUAUUUUCCACGAGAACCAUCAAUGCUGGAGAAGAGCAUUUUGAUUAUCAAAUGAAAGGUUCUGGAGAUAUAUCUUCGGAUUCUAUUGACCACAGCCCAGCCAAAAAGAGGGUCAGAACAGUAUGCAAAUGUGGAGCUGUGACUUGCAGAGGUUACCUCAACUGAAUUUGCAGAAAACAGAACUGAUGAAAAUUAUAGUUCUAUUUUUUCCUAAUGUUAACAUCUUUAAAGAAUAAGUAUUUGGGACUCUUUCCAUAUUAUUCAAGGUUAUACCUAUAUGUAAAUUUAAGUUUCAAGACACUUGCCAAAUGUAUUACAGGUAUUUUGAAGAGAGGGACACUGGGCCACAUAGCCUAAUUUGAUAUAUAUUUAUUUAGUGGUUAAACACCAAAACUAUU